AAUAUAGGUUGUAGCUACUAGCUAGAGGGCUGAUGACGUGUUGGUACAAGGAAGUGCAUGCAUGGGAAAGGUGGUGUAAUGUAAUAUAAUUAAUAACCAUCAUUGCUAUUUGCUACUGCUUUGCAUCAGUUUCUGUGAUUAAUUCCAAUUCCCUAUACAUAUAUAUAACUCCACUUUCUUUUCUGAUCAUCUGAAUUAAAGCUUUCAUCUAUAUUUCCUUCGCUGCAGAGUUCAUAUCUAUAUAUCUGCUCUCUUGUUUUCUUCUCAUGCAUGCAUGUUUUCUAAUUUUCCUUUUUGCAAUUUUUAUUUUGUAAAAUGGAAAUUCAUUCGGACAAUGAAGGUGGUGUGGGUUUAAUUGAAACCCCAGUAAAGCUUGAUUCUGCCGCCGCCGCCCCUCAUUUCUCAUACAGGUAUAGGCAUCGCAAAUGCAAGGAUGACACUGCAAUUGCAAAGCUUCUUCUAGAGGAUGAAACAAGCUAUGAUGGAACUUCAUGCUUCGGAAGUGACGAAAAAUGUCAAAUUAACUUUUGUACCCAACCUCUUGUUCCUGCUAAUGCUGCUUUAAGUUUGCCAUCAUGUUGGAUGAGUACAAAAAAAAGAAGCAGAUCGGUCCGAAAAACUAACGAAAAACUGAUAGAAAAGAUUAAAUCGACAAGUCGAAUUUGGUAUUCUGUACCUAUAGUAUAUUCUGAUGUCAAUCCAUGGGAAGUUCUUGCACCCCCGACCCCUGAUAUUGUAGCUACAAAGCGCAAAAAACGAGAGAUUCAUCAAAAGAAAACCAACCCAUUUCUCGAAAUUCAUCAACAAUUUACGAGUAAAGGUCAUGAACAUAUGCAUGAUGAUGAGGAGAUCAUAGUUUAUCACAGGAGGAAAAACGAUAAGUACCAUGUUCGAAAGAAAAUAAUCUGGCCGAGUUUACUCAGACAAGGUAUAUAUAUAAUAUAGUGAUUCAUACCUAAAUGUGAAUAUUAGUGAAGUUUAUGUUAUGUAUAUGUAGUUCACAUAAUUGUGCAUGCAUGCAGGAGCGAAGAAAAGAGCUACGAAAAAGAAGGGCAAUUUAGUCCUUGCGAAAACAGAGCAUACAAAGGAAGGAAUGAUGAUAGUUCCUUGCAAGGACAAAAUAGUAAAUGUGAAAACGCAAGAAAUAGCAAAAGUAGAACUUGAUGAAAGGACAUUGAAAGAAUGGACAAUUUUGAUGGAGAAACGAGAUUCCGAAAACAUUGAAGAUCAAGAUGUAGAUGAAGAGGAGAGAGAGUGGUGGGAUAAGGAGAGAGAAUUGAUGAACGAGCGUGUAAAAUCAUUCAUCUCCAGCAUGCACCUUAUCCAAGGUGAAAGGAAAUUUUCGCAAUGGAAAGGUUCGGUGAUUGAUUCUAUCGGUGGAGCAUACCUUACGCAGAAUGUCAGCGACACUCUUUCAAGGUAUAUAACCUAUUCAUUCUCUGCGUUUAUAUCACUUGCUGCUAAAUAUCCACACGGAGUAAAUUCUGGAGUCGAAAAUUGCAUUGGAUCUUUGAAUGAUAAAACUGUAUUAGGGCCUAAAUCUAAAUUCAAGAUGGGGACAGAAAAUAAAUGUUUUAGAAGAAAAAGAAUUAAAAAGGAAGAAGAAGCUAUCGAUUGGGAUAAUUUAAGGAAAUAUUAUUCUAAAGACGACAUUACAGCACACGACACGUCAUCAAAUGCUUUGGAUUGGGACGCUGUUAGAACAGCGGAGCUCGACGAAAUAGCUAAAGCCAUAAAGAACAGAGGGAUGAGCAAUCAUUUGGCUGAAAGAAUAAAGAAUUGUCUCAACAUUUUAUCGGAGGAUCUUGGGAGCGUUAAUUUGGAAUGGAUAAGAGAUGUUCCACCCGACAAAGCAAAAGAUUACCUGUUGAGCAUACCUGGCCUUGGACUGAAGAGUGUGGAGUGCAUACGCUUGUUGACACUUUUACAUAAGGCAUUCCCCAUUGAUAGGAAUGCUGGACGAGUAGCUGUACGUCUCGGAUGGGUCCCACUUCAACCGCUUCCAGAAGGACUUGAGUUCCACCUCUUGAAAGAGUACCCGAAGGUGGACUCUAUACAGAUAUAUCUCUGGCCCCGCCUUUGUAAACAUGAUCCGUCGACACUGUAUGAACUACAUUGCCAUAUGAUCACUUUGGGGAAGGUAUUUUGUACAAAGAGAAACCCGAAUUGUAAUGCAUGCCCUUUGAGAGCAGACUGCAAAUACUUCGUGAGUGCUCUAGCAAGUUCUCAGCUUGCACUCCCGGGUGUACAAGAAGAAAACGAUGUACAUUCCGACCAUCCAAUGGAAUCGCUGAAUAUUCCCCUUCUAGAAGGAAGCUGCACAACCUCCAAAUGCGUCGUCGAAACUGAACCUUCAAGGUGUCUACAAAUGGUUGAAUGUGAUAUCGAGGAUUUUGGUCUUAUUAAUCAUGCAAUACCCGAAAUUAGAAUCGACGAGGAGAAAUUGAGGGAGAAUGUACAUAAGUUCAUCAAUGAAAGGAAUAUUCCACUCGAAGAAGAACACGGCCAAAUGUCGAAAGCUUUGAUGCUUCGUACAUUGGAAACUUCUUCCAUCCCAAUGCCUAAAUUCAAGAAUAGAACCCAUUUAAGGACGGAGCAUCAAGUCUUCGUGCUUCCGGAUUUGCACCAUGUUUUGGCAGGGCUAGACAAAAGAGAAUCUAAUGACUCGUGCCCGUAUCUACUCGCUGUAUGGACUCGAGAAAAUGUCGAUACGGAUGAAUGUAAUUCGGAAGAAGAUACAGUAAAUGGCACACUUCUGAUACCUGUCCGAACAGGAGUGAGAGGAAUAUUCCCGCUUAAUGGAACGUAUUUUCAAGCUAAUGAGGUGUUUGCUGACGAUGAGUCUAGCCAAGUUCCGAUAAAAGUUCCGACGGAAUCUUUACGGCAUCUUCCGCGCAGAACUUUGUAUUGUGGAAACAACAUUUCAGCAGUAUGCAGAGGGAUGAAAACGCACGAAGUUCAGAAAUGCUUUUGGAAGGGAUACGUAUGUUUCCGAGGGUUUAACAGAAAAACGAGGGAAGCGAAACCUCUCUCAGCAAGAUUCCACCUCCCACCGCGUAAUGCAGAAAGAUAUUCAAGGGGCAUUAAGAAGAAACUUGAGGAAAAUUACGAGUAAAUCACUUCGAAAAGUAUGUUUUUUU